AUGGCAAGUAAGGUAACACCUACAUCACUGGGCAUCUUCACCACGAAGCCAAAAUUUCCAAACUAUGCAAUACCAACAAAACGAUUGGAAUCCUUCACAGAAUCAUCAACACCGUGGCCAGAUGCUAGUCACAUUGACGUGAACGAGUUAGUAUCUGCUGGCCUAGUAUACUCAGGUGUGGGUGAUGCUGUCCGUUGUUACCAUUGCGGCGGGGGACUAAAACAUUGGGAGAUCGGUGAUGAUCCGAUGUAUGAACAUGCGAGAUGGUUUCCAACGUGUCCGCAUAUCGUUAUUUGUAAGGGAAAAGAUUACGUUGAAAAAGCAAGGCUGGGUGAACAUCCAUCCAUAUCAAAACAAAAUGAAAAGGUAAACCAAUCCGAUGAACAGGAAUCAUCAAUUUCACGCCAAGAAACAGCCAUGGAAGCAGCGGCCGAGUUUGGUUACCACAUGGAUUGGAUACGCAUAGCUGCUAGAAUAUACAGUGAAAGAGAAGGUCCGAAUUCGCAGUUUCAAGCGAGCGAUCUUAUGUCAAUUCUGAUGGAGAUGGAAGACGAUCCAAGUAUGGCGAUAAACUAUACUGCUGGUUCUGGUUCUUGCUGUGUAACUGAACAAUCCCAAGAUAGUCCAUCAAAUGGGCUAGAAACUGAUCUAGAAGCAUUGCAAGAAGAAAAUCAAAAUCUGAAGGAUAAGCAAAAUUGCAAAAUUUGUCUUGAAUGUCUUGCCGAUGUGAUCUUCCUUCCUUGUGGGCAUAUUGUAACUUGUCCACAGUGUGCUCACGCCAACAGUCAAUGCCCUAUUUGUCGCAAAGAUAUAUUGGGCUUAGUCAAAUGUCAAUUUGCUGAUUUUUCUGAGAAGGAUGACGAUGGUGUAUACAUGACAUCAAAACAUUAA